AUGCAUACACCUCGUGCCAAGCCGCUCGCAAGCCUCGUGAGAAGCGCGAAGCAAUCACCAGCGCGCACAUUCAGCACCUCGUCCAAGCGAAACCUCACGCAAGACGGCCAGUAUUUGGUGCUGGGCAUCGAGACGUGAGUCAACCUGCGUGUGCGCUCGUUCUUUUGCGUCUGCGCCACCACCAAGCUCAUGAGGGAUAACGCGCUCCGUCUGCCACUCACCCCACAUCGUGCCAAACAGAUCAUGUGACGACUCAUGCGUCUCCUUGGUGAGCGCUCCACCAUCCUACAUUACGGCAGCCCACCUGUUUGCGUCCCAAGUAUCCACGCCUCAAAUCGAUGGCAAGCUCAACCAAGAACGGCCCAGAGCUCGCAUUAUUUCUUCUAUAGUGCUGAAGCAAUCGGAGCACAACAAGACGCGAGGAGUCAGUCCUCUGCCUGCUGCGCAUCUACACUCCAAAAAUUUACCUCGAGCAAUCAGCCUGUGUCUUGAAGAAGGCGUGUCAAACAAAGUGCUCUCUCAGAUCUACAGUGAGAAGCCCGGCCAUUCGACGCACACGGAUAGCAGCUCGCGCAUCCAUGCAGCAGACGAAGCGCGCAAAAGCCGUCUCGUAGUUGGGUCGCCCGCUGAAGUGGAUGCGAUUGCCGUCACUCAAGGGCCCGGCAUGCCAGGCUGUCUGACAGUAGGCUUGGGCGCUGCAAAAGUGCUGAGCUCCCUCUGGGGCAUACCGAUCGUUUACACUCAUCACAUGGUGGCGCACGCGCUGAGCCCUCUGCUGGCCUCAGAUGACCUUACUCAGCCUCAACGCACAGCCAUCGACGGCCAGGGUGCUCAGGACUUCAACUCGAGCGCAAGGAUCGACCGCAGGCCUAUCAGCUUUCCUUACCUCGUCUUAUUGCUUUCAGGAGGUCACACCCAGGUGGUUCUUUGUAGUGGUCCCAAGCAAUUUCAAAUUCUGGCAACCACGACGGAUGAAGCGAUCGGUCGCUGCACAGACAAGAUCAGCCGACAACUUGUCGAUUUGCACGUCAGUGACGACGACAAGGUCACAGGCGAUUUAGCCCCAGGCAAAAGGCUCGAGAUGCUUGCGGAGUUGGGCAACGAUCCAGCCAUGGCAAAAGAGAUACCGCACUAUGACGUGGCCGUCUCGUGCCGAGGCGAGCCCAUGUUCAGCUAGUAAGUCAAGCCCAUAUUGCAACAUUUUGAGCCCGAUUGCUCAUUCAGCAUCUCGUUUGCUCGUACUCCUCAGCUCAGGACUACAUACUCGGCUAGAUCAGCUUAUUGCAGCCGAGCACGCCAAAAUUUCCGAGAACUCCUCACUUUCGGAUGACACCGGCUUUCCGCUUGCUUCGCGCAUCCCUCUGCCCACGCGGAUUGGUCUGGCGAGGGCUUUCCAAACAGCAGCGUUUGCUCAAUUGACAGACAAGGUUCGGAUGACGCUGGCUCCACGUGUCGCCGCCAACGCUUCCUCAGCCGUCCAAGAGCAACACGUGCGCCACAAUGCCGAGUCUCAAGCUCGAAUGGAGGCAUCGCACCCAUCUGUGGUCGCAUUCUCACCGGAGCCGCGCAAAUCCGGCAAGUCGUACCACACGCGUCUUCCGGGCUCAAAGCUGAUCGACACUCGCAUAGAGCUUCCCUUUGGGCUUCAGCCCGACCAAAUCAAACAUCUCAUAGUCGCGGGUGGUGUGGCUUCCAAUGCGGAGCUUAGACGGGCUCUUCACUCUUCGCUCGCCGACAUAGGCAGGCAAGACGUCAGCUUAUAUUUUCCUCCGUGAGUGUGCCUUAGUCUGCACGUGCUCGUCGUUCGACAUGCUCACAUGAGCGCUAUGGCCCAAUCGACCGGCGUCACGCCUCGUCCUUCCUCGCUUCAGCGUAUCCCUCUGCACUGAUAAUGCAGCCAUGAUAGCCCAUGCCGCUUUGCUCGACUGGGACAACAGGACAUGGGAUCUUUCGCCAUCGCCGAGGGGCAAAUGGAGCGUUGAGGAUCUUGCAUUUGGACAAGAUGCUGGAGAAUGA